AUGGAAGCAGACGAAGCGGCAUGGGCAGAGUGCAACGACAUCCUUGCCCAAGUCAAGCAGAAUAAUGUGCAUGAAGGCCUCCGCAGGUUAUGCGCGCUGUCACUAGAGACAAGUGUGGCGUCUGUGCGAGAGUGGACGCACGCGACUAUUGCCGAUACGCUCGAGUGGCACGAGUCGCAACACAACGAUCCUCCCCCGUUCGUUGUGCCGUCCGUCACAAAGGCGUCGCCGUCGUCGCUUUCCAUCGGAGUGUCGCUGCAAAGCCAACAUGAUGUCGUGAAGGAGUAUGUACUGGAUCAGCUCCAGCGUCACGAACAGCCACUUCCUCACGCGACGUCCAUCGCGCUGCAGCAUGUGUUGGCCACGGACAUCGACGAUACCGCUCUCUUUGUCGAGCUCACCAACGUCUUCCUGUGCGAGCAUGCUAUCUUGGACAUGCUUGCAUCGUUUGAAGCGCGCGUGAUGUCCGAAUUGAGCCAAUUGUCCCUGCCAGCUCGAUUCAACUUGUGGACGCAGUUUCCUCGCGUCUGGGAACGCCAGAUUGGUACAUGGCUCGACCAAGUGCACGCAACUCCGUUGCUUCCUGUGCAAUGCGUCAUUCUGACCUCGUCCUCGCAUGACCACAAGCCGAAUCCCGUAGACGACGCCGCGUCAUUGUUUCGCACCAUGUACCGCCAAGCGCCACAUUUGCAUGUAGUGGCGCUUGACGUUUGCCAGCGGUAUCUGGCAGUGUAUCCCACCCAUCGGACGCUCCAACUGGUGCAGGCGCUGGCACAUUGCUUGACCGAUCGAACUGUCGUCCGCCUUGUCAAAGUCGGAGGUCCCCUUCGCGGGCUAGAGAUGCCACCGCCGAUGACGUGGUGGAGCCUGGCGCAGGACGCGGACUGGAUUCGAUCGACCUGCCGCCGUGUUCUUCGCUAUUCGCCACUCCCAACAUGUCCAAUAAAUGACGGCAUCCGACGUGACAACAACGAAGAGCACGUAUUCCACUCGUGGGUCGCAUCGCUGACGGCAGUGUACGCGCUCCAAUGCACCAGGACCCACACCGUUCUCCACUCGUACGCCAGUGCCCUUCUCGACGCAAUCCGCCGCUUCUCGUCCACCGACGCGGGACCUUCCGGCCCGGUUUUUGCGUGGCUGCAACAGCACCGGUACAAUACGCUUCGAUGCCGACACCAUGACCAUACUUGGUCGGCGCCAUGUUGCAUCUUGUACGACAUGGACCAACUACAUCAUGUCUGCGUAGAGAAGCCGCCGUCGCGUUCGCCGCGUUGACGGCCACUCUCCUGUUCAAUUGGAUCGGUGUAGCGAGCGAGCAGCUCCCGACUGGCACGUCGUCAAGCGGACGAGUCGCGGCGGCACCACCACCAACGACGCUGGACGCCGUGGUGACUGAAGCGAUGGCGUGCAUGGAAUACCUCCUGCGCCUCCCGCCACCUUCCACCAUGACGCGGCGGUGCGACGCCCAUCUCUCUCCUUCGUAUUCGAUCGAUGUAGCUGACGCAAUUGUGUGUCGUAGGGCAUACCAGAUCAGCCUCGUCGGUGUCGUUCUCGCGAGUGUCGAGUGUUCUGCUGGUCGACACAAUUUGUGUGUGCACCCGACAAUUGCCCCAGCAUUGCGUGAGCUCGUGCGGGUCAUGACCGUCGAUGCCGAAGUCACGUUGCCAUCGACAUGGCGCGCCCACGCUGCCGCGAGGCUCACGUGUCUGGAUUGUACGUGACGAUGCCGAUGCUCGAUCUGACUUUGUACAAUAAACACCACGAAACGAUCUUGUCAUGCCAA